UCACUUCCUGCCGGGAUGGCGGGCAGGCGUGGGCGGCGGCGGACGGCGAUGGCGGAGGGGCCGGCCGUGCCUGAGGCGGCGGUGAACCGCUGGGUGCUGCAGUUCUACUUCCACCAGGCCAUGCGCGCCUACCGCGCCGGCCGCGCCCGCGACUUCCGCGAGCUCCGCGACGUCAUGCAGGCUCUGCUGGUGCGGCCCCUCGCCCAGGAGCCGGCCGUCUCCCGCCUGCUCCGGAUCAUGCAGCUCCUGUCCCGGAUCGAGGAGGGCGAGAACUUAGAUUGCACCUUUGAUAGAGAAUCAGAACUCACUCCUCUUGAAUCUGCGAUGGGUGUACUGGAGCUUAUCAAGAAAGAAUUCCCUGUGCCUGACCCAAAGAUGGAACCUGUGAAGAAAACAGUGAAGGAAGCUGCUAUCAUCAUUUGCAUUAAAAAGAAAGAGUUUGAUAAAGCAUCAAAAAUUAUAAGAAAACACAUGGCCAAGGACCCCAGCAACCAGAAACUGAGGACAGAGCUGCUCAGCAUAAUCCGUGAGAAGAAUGCGUCUCAUCCGAUCAUCCGAAACUUCUCCUACAAGCUUUUCCAGCAGAGCAUGCUCCGGUUCUUGGAGACCUACAUGGAAGAGUCAGAGCCUACGCUCCUAACGGUGGUGAAAAAGACUCUAAAUUCAGAACAUGUACAUGAACCUAAGGACCUCCAAGCCACGUCAGAUUCUCUGGAAGACUCUAGGAAUGCAGCAUCCACGUCAGAGCCUCUGGAAGCCUCUAGGAAUCCAGCAUCUGCUUCAGAGCCCCCAGAAGCCUCAAAGGACCCAGCAGAAACACCAGAGUCCCCGGAAGCUUCAAAGGACCCAGCAGAAACACCAGAGUCCCCAGAAGCUUCAAAGGACCCAGCAGAAACACCAGAGUUCCCAGAAGCUUCAAAGGACCCAGAAGAAAUGCUAGAGUCCCUGGAAGCCUCAAAGGACCCCGCAAAAACGCCAGAGUCCCCGGAAACCUCAAAGGACCCAGCAGAAAAGGCAAAACCCCCAGAAGCCUCAGAGGACCUGGCAGACACUCCAGAGCUCGCAGUAGCUUCUGGAGAUCUGGCAGAAACACUAGAGCCCCUGGAAGCCUCCAAGGUGACAGCAGAAAUGCCAGAGCCCUCUGAAGCCUCUGAGGACACAGCAGAAAUGCCAGAGCCCCCAGAAGCCUCCAGAGACCCAGGAGCCACAUCAGAGCCCCAGGCAGCAUCUCCCAGACAAUCUGAGAGGCAGCCCCCUGGGACGGUAACUGUUUUUGGGAUUUCUGUUUUGAGAGAAGCUUUCAAGACCUUGUCGGAUUCCCAAGAUUCUGAAGCCACCUUCAGCAAGCUGGAUGAAACAGACUUUUCUUUCCCCAAACAACUGUCUCCUGUAUCCCACAGGGCUAAGAGACAAAGGGUAGAGGAAAGCCCAGCUUCUGAUGCUUCAGAAACCCCCGAAUCCCCCCCAAAGAAACAGCACUUGUUGAACAUAUGCACACUGCUCAUGCGUGAGGACAGCCAGAAGAGUGCCAGCACUGAGAGUCCAGACUCAUCCCAAGAGCCUGUGGUGUCUUCUGCAUCCAGACCUCCUGUCGAGAAGCCGCCUGUCCAGCCUAGAUCUUCUGAACGUUUUAAGUCACUCAGAGCAACACGAAGAGUCUUAAACAGGUCAGAAGAAAGGGACACCUGGAGUGACGAAGAUGAGCUCUUCCUGGGUGCAGCAUCACCUGGGAAGGACAGUUGGAAAUCUUCGAUCUCCGGAAGCAAGAAACAGAGGUGGACAGUGGAGGAAAGCGAGUGGAUCAAACAAGGAGUGAAUAAGUACGGCGAAGGGAGAUGGAAAAUCAUUUGUAAAAAAUACCCCUUUCGCAACCGCACAGCUGUGAUGAUCAAGGAUCGCUGGCGAACCAUGAAAAAACUGGGACUUGACUGAGAAUGAGACACGGAGAGCCAGCAGGCACUCGCUUCUUCUCCAAGAGACCAAAGCAACAGCUGCUGCAGCAGAAAGGGUCCUAGUCCCCUUCCCCAGCGCAUGUUGAGAACAGUGCAGAGCUCUUGUGGGCACACAGGAGGGUCAUGCGCUGCCGUGGGACAAAGCUAAAACUAACUGGGAUUUCAGGAACGUUCUUUCUAGUUCUUGCAUUUAGCUGGAGUUGAAAACUCCAGAUCUGCAUCAGGCGCCGUGCAGCCUGGUGUGUACGGAAGCAGCCUUGGAAGUGACAAGGCUGACAUUUUAUAUGUGUUUGCAAAUAGCCAGGGCUCCGGCUUCCUUUCCCAUCUGAUAACUGCCGCUUUUGCCCUGCGCGAAUUAGAACUUGAACCUGAGCAAGGUUCAAGGGGGCUAUCAGGGGGGCAGCUUUCUCAGAUCAGGUUUUGGUCCAACUGAAAAGUUGAUCCCCUUGCAGCUAUUUUUAUAUAUUUUAAGUGUCUUGCAUCAGCUGAGAAUCACUUGUCCGAUAUGUGUGUUUCUCCAGCUGUCCCAGAGGGAGCCAAGCUAGGGAGUGGGAACAGCCGGUGUCAGUGAAGGAGGUCUGUGUCUUGGCGAGGUGAUCAGCACAGUUGUUCGACUUGUGUAAAUAGGUUUUUGGGGGGGUGGGGGGGGGUUGUUGUGGCUUUAUAAAGUAGAUGUUUUGUCUUAGCAUUAAACAUUAGUAGUUUCCAAGGUAGAA